GACGUCACAUGUUUCCAUGGCAACAAGAAAAUGAAUUAUUACAUCCAAAGACUAUUCUUCUGUUGGGUACAUCCGACUAAGCAUUUAUGUCUUCAUUGGACCGAAACAGUGUAACAAAUUGAAUUUGAUGCAAAAAGAAUUCAUGUUAUCAUUCGAAACUAAAGGCCGGAUAAAAUGCAAGUGCAACGCAAAUUUUCGUGUCACUGACACAGACGAAGAAGAAAGGCUUGGAGCUGAAACAGACACUGAUGGAGAAGAUACGAGAAACAGCGGACCAGUAUGCUAGAAUCUUCACAUUUUCAGUUCACAACAUGCGUAAUGUGCAGCUCAAAGAGAUCAGACAAGAAUGGAAUCACAGCAGAUUUUUUUUCGGCAAGAACAAAGUGAUGAUGCUGGCCCUGGGUCGUACAGCGGAGGAGGAGUACAGAGAGAACCUGCACAAACUGACACAGCACCUGCAGGGCCAGAUGGGUCUCCUGUUCACCAACGCCACAGAGAAGGAAGUCUUAAAGUACUUUGAGGAGCUGUACAUCCCGGACUACGCCCGCUCAGGCACAGUGGCUAGCCAGACGGUGGUGCUGGAGGAGGGCCCGCUCACAGAGUUCACGCACUCGAUCGAACCCCAGCUACGACAACUGGGACUGCCCACACAGCUCAAGAGAGGCGUGAUCCACCUGCUCAAGGAACACACAGUGUGUGAGAAAGGACAGACGCUUGGCCCCGAGCAAUGCCGCAUACUGAAACUGUUUGGCCAUCAGAUGUCGGACUUUCACAUCACCAUGGAGGGCGUGUGGAACAACUCAGGACUGUGGAAAACCUUUGACGACCAGCCGCGGCACAUCGUGCCAGACAGGGUCAAGGUCAAACCCAAAGUCGAGGAAAAACCCACAGACGACAAGGCUGAUGAUGAGACUAGCAUAGGGCUGAACAUGGAGGAUAGUGCUGAGGAUGAUGAUGAUGAGGAGGGACAAGACGAUGAUAUUGAAGAUGAUGACGAUGAGGAGGAGGACUCUUGAUAAUGACAUGUUAUAAAUAAACUAUGUUUUACUCGA